AUGGUCCCUCCAUAUUUAUUCCAUAAUCUGCAUCGUGGGUCUAUGUCAGAGACUUUAGAGCCGAAAGAACAUGGUCGAUUCUCAGAAUUCCUCAAUAAAUUACUUCACGCCCUCUCUCGGCCAUCAAGCUCAAUACCUUUCGGAUCCAUGUUCCAUAAUUGGCAUGCUCAGACAGUGCUCUUGAGUUUGGCAAAUCGUACUAAGCCGCCCUUGACUAUUGAUCGGCUUGGUUAUCAUUCUGUCCAAGCCGUAUUACUUGCAACGCAAAAGACUAAUGAAGAGUCAAGAUUAGCUAACCUGCAGGCGAGGGGUUGGCCUCCAUGGAGAGUUGAUCAAGAUGGUAUGGAUGCUCAGAGAUCUUCAGAUGAAGAUAUGAGUAGGGUCGUGUUUGCAAUAAGGCAAAUGAAGGAAGCUGGAUACAAUACAAAUCUUCGAACUCAUGUCCAUCAUAUUCUUGGAGGACAAGAGGAUGAUGGAACACCAACAAUCCAUACUAGGUCGAUGUCCAAAGCUCAUAUUAGAAAGUUGCGUUCUUUGGAGAAGUCGUCCCCUCUAAACCCUCGCGUGUGGAGUGCAAGAAUCGUAGCGACACGUGAUGUCCAGGAAGCUUGGAGUGCUUUUAAGAAUUUUCAUCGCCUAGGUGGUACACCCACAUCAUCCAUUUAUCAUGCUAUGAUGGAAAAAAUCGAAGCCGAGAAUAGGAGAACGGGGCGUUUCCGGGCGGUAGAUGUUUUACCUGGCCAGGGUAAGGAAGUGCUUCCGCCAUUCAGCGACAAUUUCAGUGAUUUCUACAAGGAAGAGCUUCGACCACCGCCAACUAUAGAUGUCAUGAAACUCGCAUUAUAUAUGCCUUCAUCACGUUACUUUGCCGGUGUGCGGAUAAACUUGUACCACAAGCUCCUCCACAAUCUGAUCUUUCAAUGUUUGGUGAUGACCAAGGGCAUCAUGAAAAACGUUCAAAUAUCAUCAACAGCAUCAACGCGGAUGGGAUACAAGCCAACGUGGUACGCGGUCUUAGAUGCCCUUGCUCGACCUGGCAUUAUCAUUGAUCCUAAUAUUAUUGGUGAUCCUCAAGAUGAUGUCAAUUCUUGGAGAAUAUCUGCUGCCGUACUCCAAGAUUUUCACGACGCGGGACUUGAGCUCGACCCUAAAGGCUUUCAACUUAUUUGUCGAUGUUUGGAAAAGGCAAUGCUUGCAUCAUUUCGAAUGGUCGAAAAACAAACGUUCGCGGACGCAAUUCUGCUUGUGAAGGAAGAAUUCGCAAAAAUAUCUUCGACAAGUUCUAAGUUUGAAUUUUCAGUGCUCCCUCAUAAACUACAUGGCGCUAUUCUACAUGCAUACGUCCGUGUUCUAGGACUUGCAGAGGACCUUGAUGGUCUCAAAGCUGUUGUGGACUGGAUGGUACUUCAUCACAACAGUUUACUUACUGAGGCGAAGUGGACUCGCAAUGGUUAUGAACUCUUGAGAAGAACUCUUACAGCUACAAAAGUAUUCUGUAAGGGAACACCCUAUGAAGAAGAAGUAAGGGAAUUGGUAGAAAGUGUCGACGGUUGGACAUGGCCAACGGAUGAGGAUGCUAGAGGUUACAUUGAAGCUGGUCCAUUGAUAGAAUCUGGUGACGGUUCUUUGGUGAUUGACGAACAUGAUGAAAAGAAUCUUACUCGGAUGCCCUAA